AUGGUGACAAGCAUUGUCCUUGCCGGCAUCCUCUUCCCUAUCGCCAUAUACCUAGGCAUCGCGGCGAUCAUUCUCGUCAUCCUAGGCUGCGCGAGCUAUGUCUGCAUUACCGCAGUCCGUCAAUACGUGGAAAAAGCUCAUCGGAGGCUCAAACUUCGAUACUGUCGAGAACAAACUUUCGACUUCCUCGGCCUUCCACCUGAAAUUCGCCUGAUGGUCUAUCGCUGUACACUCCCUCCAGAUCGCACCUACUACAUGACUGCUCGCAAGCAGAGAUUCUAUGGUCAUCCUCUGCACAAGGAGCUCAAGAACGAGAUGAUCCCAAAUCCGCCUCGCCUGCUUCGCGUCUGUCGCCUCAUAAACCAAGAACUCUGGCCGCUGAUCUACAACCAAUGUAUCUUCUACAUUACCAUAUACUCAAUCAGGGAUCUGCUAUACGCCGUGGACCUUUUGGACCAUUAUGCAUCCCUGUAUGACCCCGACUACGCUACGGAUAUCUUCUCGUAUACAAGCAAUAUUCGGAUCCGAGUCAACGACCUCAUACUUGAUGUCCACCCUUCGUAUGACGGUCGGCAUGGAUGGCUGGUGGAGCUGAGCCAAACAACUCCACUGUGGGUAGGCCGUGGUACGAAGACGAUACUGCAGAACCGAACGCAAGCUGCUAGAACGGUGAGAACGAAUCCAAGAGGGGAGAUUGCCCCUGAAGCUAUCAGCGCUGGACAUCUGAAGGAGUCCAUACGUCGUAUGUCAAGGCUCCCUGUACUGGACAAAGCCGCCUUGAACAAAAUGCUUCCAUGGUAUCAUCGAUAUCAACGCCAGCACCGUCACAAACUGGCCACAUCACCUGUCUGA